CUAAACUCUAUGGUCUGGCCACCACCUCUCCGAGUAUGCUGUUUGCACAGAAACAUGGUUCUGCCUGCGACCCCGCACCUGACCAGUAUCUGGACCGCAGCAAUCCACUCCUCACUCUUCUCAGGAAAGGAUAUUGCACUCCGAUUCAGGGUCUCGCUUCCGCCUCUCCGAAAAUCAAAACACACAAGAAGCAUGUCUCUGCCUGCCUCCCACCGAAAACAUACAUCCUUCAUCUCUCUCCGAAAAGUUCCGUAUUUCAUUUACGCCUCCGCCCCUAUUCCGAAAACUGGAUCAAAGAUCACAUGUUUCUGUCUGCCAUCCACUCUCCAUUAAUCAGAGUUCUCGCGAAGCAGAUCCAUCAAUCUUACAUUUGCCGAGCAUCACCUUCUGAUCUCACUCCCGGCUCUCCAAAAACUCGAUGCCCUACAUUUUAUGUUUCUGGUAGCGACUCCCCACCCGAUUAAGAAUCCGAUGUCGUAUGGAUCGGAAAUGUACUGGAGAUCCGUGCGAUGGUUCUUCUGCCUGCUUCCGAAUCUCACCUGGACGGUCAUCAUGGCGGCUGCGCUUCUGUCCCUCGAAACCCCGGGAAAGCGCACUUUAUGGCUCUGGUCUUCAGGGACGCUCUGCUACACACCUCUUAGAAUCUCGGAAGUUACGACAAAUGGGUGCUCGAAAAUCCACUGCACAUUCUGCUCAUGGUCUUUCUGUCGCCGUAAAAACACCGGAAUUCCGGAAUUGUUGCACAUGCGCGUGGUGAAUGGGUUGGGAUACCAUGCGAUGGCUUCUGUCCCCAAAGACCUUUGGUCUUCACGAAUGGCUUUGCGCUCUGGUUUCUGCGCUCGACUCCCAGCUCUCUGCGCUCAGCUCCCUGCUCUCGGCUCUCUGCACCACCCACCGUGAAAUCAGAUCGUCGCGGUGGGGGUGUGUUCAAAAAGUCAGCUCAUCCAAAUUCAUGAUCUCUCUGUCUACCUCCAAACUCUUACACAUUCGCUUCUGUGUGGCGUCUGUGCCUCUGUCUCUCAAAGUUUGCUGAUGAGGACUUAUGUGGUUCUGUUCUUCGCACCACCCACCGUGAAAUCAGACUUCCCGGAGGGCAAUGUCAUCGAAAAUGGCGAUAACAAUUGACAUGCCUUUUUCGCCUGCCUACAAAUCCCAUGACUGGGGUGCACGUGGUGUCCUGAAUCUGUCGCGAUCCAUUAUAUGGCCGUUGUACUUCAAGAUCUCUCCUCACAUCUCUGGUUCUGCAGUCUGCACCACCCACCGUGAAAUCACGCCUCGACAUCGACAUGUGUUCGAAAUUGGCAAUCCGAUUGCAAACAGCUCUUUCGCUCUGUCCGGCGUCGAAACAGUUAGCUGGAACUCGCAACAUGGUUGUCUCACUUCUGCCUCUCAACAUUCAUCAUACAUCCAG